UCUCUCUCUCUCUCUCUCUCUCUCUCUCUCUCUCUCUCUCCCUCUUCAAUAUUAACUGCUCGAUCUUCCAGCAGGAAGCCAGACAGCUGCAGAUGAAAUGGAAGACGACUGUAAGAUUCGUGACUACCCGGUGGAGGAGCGGGGCCACAAGGCAGACAUGGGUAAUCCCCCAUUGGGUGAAGACGGAGAGAAUAAACAGCCAGUAGGCUUGCCGAAGGCUGGAUUAGACAUGAUUUACACUAUCGAAGAUGUCCCACCCUGGUACCUGUGUAUUCUCCUGGGACUACAGCACUACCUGACAUGUUUCAGCGGCACUGUGGCAGUACCAUUUCUUCUGGCUGAAGCCAUGUGUGUCGGACGAGACCAGAACACCAUAAGUCAGCUAAUUGGAACCAUUUUCUCCACCGUUGGAAUUACAACUCUGAUCCAGACCACUGUAGGAGUCAGACUUCCUCUGUUCCAGGCCAGUGCAUUUGCCUUCCUGGUUCCUGCACAAGCCAUCCUCAGUCUGGACCGCUGGAAGUGUCCCAGUGAGGAGGAGAUUUAUGGAAACUGGAGUCUUCCUCUCAACACCUCGCACAUCUGGCAGCCACGCAUCAGAGAGAUCCAGGGGGCCAUCAUCAUGUCCAGUGUUGUGGAGGUUGUGAUUGGUCUGUGUGGGCUGCCAGGUUUGCUGUUGGAGUUCAUUGGCCCGCUCACCAUCACGCCAACUGUCUCACUGAUUGGCCUGUCUGUGUUUACCACAGCUGGAGACAGAGCCGGGUCUCACUGGGGACUGUCAGCAUUGUGUAUUUUGCUCAUCUUGCUAUUUGCGCAGUACCUGAGAUCGACAUCAGUUCCUGUUCCUUAUUACAGCAGAAAGAAAGGACUGGCCACCACCAGAGUGCAAAUCUUCAAGAUGUUUCCUAUCAUCCUUGCCAUUCUGUUGGUUUGGCUCGUUUGCUACAUUUUCACUCUGACCAACCUGUUGCCGACCAACCCCAAUUACUAUGGACACAAGGCCCGGACCGAUGCCCGCGGUGACAUUAUGGCUUCAGCUCCCUGGUUCAGAGUCCCCUAUCCCUGCCAGUGGGGGUUGCCAGUGGUAACAGUUGCCGGGGUUCUUGGAAUGCUGAGUGCAACCAUGGCAGGUAUUGUGGAGUCCAUUGGGGAUUAUUACGCCUGUGCUCGAUUGUCUGGAGCAACACCCCCUCCUAUCCAUGCCAUCAACAGGGGAAUCUUCACUGAGGGUGUCUGCUGCAUCAUUGCUGGCCUUUUAGGGACAGGAAAUGGCUCCACCUCCUCCAGUCCAAAUAUAGGCGUGCUGGGCAUCACCAAGGUGGGUAGCAGGCGGGUGGUGCAGUAUGGAGCAGGCAUCAUGUUCCUUUUGGGAUCCGUUGGAAAGUUCACGGCUCUCUUCGCCUCGCUGCCAGAUCCAAUCCUUGGAGGAAUGUUCUGCACACUGUUUGGUAUGAUCACAGCUGUCGGUCUUUCUAACCUGCAGCUGGUGGAUUUGAACUCGUCCAGAAAUCUUUUUGUUCUUGGGUUCUCGAUAUUCUUCGGUCUGACUCUGCCAGCGUAUAUGGACACACACCCCAAUGCCAUCAAAACAGGUCUUGCAGAACUUGAUCAGAUCCUGACCGUUCUUCUGUCCACUGAGAUGUUUGUUGGAGGUUUUCUGGCUUUUUGUCUCGACAACACAAUACCAGGUUCCAGAGAAGAACGAGGUUUAAUCCACUGGAGGUCUUCCUCCUCCUCCUCCUCAUCUUCCACCUAUGAUUUUCCUCUGGGGAUGAAUGCAAUCAGGCGAAUCCGAUGGCUCAGACGGUUUCCCAUCAGCCCAACCUUCACAGGUUUCAGGGAGUCAGACAACCCAUCGACACUUGAGCAGGAAGAGCAAGAGGAACCCACUGACAUCAACCUACCCAGUACCAAGGUGUGACUGAGCGGGAAUCAAACCUGUGACUGAAAUUAAAUUAAAUCUGUCAUAUCAGAGACAUCAGAAUGUUGAGAUUGAGAUUUAUUUAUCAGCUGAUGCUGCGUUUACUAAAAAGCAGAGGAAGCAGAGAAGCUGCCUUGUUGGAUUUUAAUUCAGAGAUUGAUUAAUGCGUAGCAGUAAUUAUGUCACUGGGUGUGAAGAGUGGAUAGAUUUUUCAGUAUUUCUCAUUGAUGAUGUUACAGUUUAGAUCAACAUGAUGCUCUUGCAGGUGUCAUAUCAGAACAAAAGAUGAACAACUAUGUUAGAACAUUUUUGUUUCUUUGGUUUAAAAAAAAAAAAAAAA